AUGGUUCACUAUUCACUUGACUCAGAAACCCCCACAAAAUCAUGCAAAUCAAGAGCAAUGUAUGCCAUUCAUCGUUACAAUGGUGGGGUUUGUGGGUGUCCCCAGGCCCAACAGUGGGGCUGGACGCAGGGUCGGUGGCCCAAAAAGAGUGUUGCAUUUUUGCUGCACAUGCUUCAAAAUGCAGAGAGUAAUGCUGAACUUAAGGGUUUAGAUGUAGAUUCUCUGGUCACUGAGCACAUCCAGGUGAACAAAGCUCCCAGGAUGCAGCGCAGAAUUUACAGAGCUCGUGGGCGGAUUAACCCCUACGUGAGCUCUCCUUGCCACAUUGAGAUGAUCCUCACUGAAAAAGAGCAGACUGUACCCAAACCAGAAUAA